UACAAAAUCGCCAUUUUUUUUUAUAGCAACUUACCGACUAACUUACUUUUCAAGAAAAGAAAUUUCCUUUCCUUUUUGUAAGUCUUCACAUAUAAGUUUCUCGUCUCUUUUUAAUGCUUUCUUAUUUGUUUUCAAGUUCUGUAGGCCAAAGUAAAUUCUGGGUUUUGCCUGUUUUCUGAAUUAUCAAUCUCUGCAGACCAUAGUAUCAGGGUUUUAUGGGGGGUUUUGGUUUUCUUAUUCAUAGGAGCAAAAAUAAAUUAUGGGUUUUGCCUGUUUUCUUAUUGAUUAAGUGUUAUCAUCUUUCACUUUGAUAUCUUGAUUGGCCACUGCGGUACUAUAUUAAGAGAAAAGUGUUCAAUUUCUUAUCUUUGCUACAUAGGAAUUUGAGUGUGUAAUUACUGGGAUUUGGAUGUUUAAGUUGUUGAAUUCUUAGGUAAAUCCAUUUGAUGAAAUAGAAGGGGAAAGAAAAAAGGAAAUUUCAAGCUCAAACAAGGUCCUUUGAGUAUUGUUCAAGUAUAGAUAGUUGUAUAAGCUCAGGGGGUUCUAAGAUGAAAUUUGUCCCUGAUUUUAGAAGCCUGAUUAGAUCUUCAUUGUUGUUAGAGUUCGAGUUGUCUCUUCAAGGAGAACCCUUAAUUCCAGGCCUUCCUGAUGAUGUAUCCCUUAAUUGUCUCCUUAGGCUUCCGAUCGAUAGCCAUACCGCUUGCAAAGCCGUAUGCAAACAAUGGCAUUUUUUGUUCGGUAAUAAAGAUCGGUUUUUCACCCUGAGGAAGAAACUAGGUUUCAAAGACCCUUGGCUCUUUGUGUUUGCCUUCCACAAAUGCACAGGGGAAAUUCGAUGGCGGGUUCUUGACCUUACUAACUUUUCUUGGCAUAGCAUCCCUUCGAUGCCGUGCGAAGACAUUAUUAGUCCCCAUGGCAUUAGUUGUGUUUCGUUUCCUCAUGAGGGUGCGCUCUUUGUUUGUGGGGGGAUGGUCGCUGACGUUCAUUGCCCCCUCGACUUGGUCUUCAAGUAUGAGAUUCGUAAAGACAGUUGGACUGUGAUGAAAAAUAUGAACGCUGCGAGAUCGUUUUUUGCAAGUGGGGUGAUCGAUGGGAUGAUAUAUGUUGCUGGUGGAAACACUGCGGAUCUUUUUGAGCUUGAUUCAGCUGAGGUUUUAGAUCCCGUGAUUGGAAAUUGGCACCCGAUAGCCAACAUGGGUGCACAUAUGGCAUCUUAUGACUCUGCAGUUCUCAAUGGAAAGCUUCAUGUGACAGAAGGCUGGUUAUGGCCAUUCCUUGUCUCUCCAAGGGGUCAAGUUUACGAUCCAACGACUAAUCAUUGGGAGAAUAUGGCUGUGGGAUUGAGAGAAGGCUGGACCGGCUCAAGUGUGGUGGUUUAUGGUCACCUGUUUGUGGUUUCCGACCUCGAAAGAAUGAAGCUUAAGGUUUAUUACCCAGACACUGAUUCCUGGGAAACAAUACGAGGUCCACCAUUACCCGAGCAGAUAUGCAAACCAUUUGCUGUUAAUGCAUACGAUAACAUAAUAUACAUAGUCGGUCGCAACCUUCACGUUGCCGUGGGUUACAUCUCAAACCUGAAUCAAUCAGACAGCUCCGAGAAGAAGAGGAGCUUCGGUGUUCAAUGGCACGUUAUCGAUGGCCCUGUGCUUUCGGACUUGACACCCUCAUGUUCUCAGAUUCUGUUUGCUUAGCUUUAAUAAAUUAUAGUAACAGUAUGUAUCAACCAUAGCUCUCUCAAUCUUCUGGUUAAUGUACUUUCUGUGUUAAUUAUGGUUUGAGAUUGGUAAUGUACUGUAUACAAGAUCUUGUUCAUCAA